GAUGCAUAAUUAACAGCAUAGAUUUUUUUAAUAAAAAAAGAUAUCUUCUCAUAACAGAAUUGGACUUCUUCCAGAGUGAUCUAUAACAAUCGCAUUUUCUCUCUCUUAUAAAUAUUAACUUUGCUUAAGCGGCUAGGCUUUACUAAUUUUCCGCUCCCAAGAAGCCAAAACCAUGAAGCAGGACGACGGUGACAGGAAGCUCCCCUUCCCACAAUUCGACGUCGUUUCGGAUUUCUCAGAUCAUCACUUUAUGAAUUCGGGUUAUUCGAGUAUUUCGAAGCUAGGGAAAAGCUGCUUCAAGGCGAUGAGCAAGGAGUGGCGGAUCCUCAGGGAGAGCCUACCCGAAUCCAUCUUCGUUCGGGUCUCCGAGACCCGAUUCGACUUGCUUCGUGCCGCCAUCAUCGGCGCCGCCGGCACACCCUAUCACGACGCUCUUUUCUUUUUCGACAUCGUCGUGCCAGCCAGUUACCCCAGAGAACCUCCCAAGGUCCAUUACUUCUCACACGGGUACCGGAUCAACCCGAAUCUCUACAGCGACGGCCUUGUCUGCCUGAGCCUCCUCAACACAUGGAUGGGCCGCCGGAACGAGCAGUGGAACGCAAAACAGUCGACAUUAUUGCAGGUGCUGCUAUCGCUCCAAAGCCUCGUCCUCAACGAGAAACCCUACUACAACGAACCUGGAAGAAGAUUGUACGGGAAUGAAAAAGCAUCGGAAUAUUACAAUCAGGAAGUAUUCUUCCUCACCUGUAAAACCACACUUAACUUGAUUCGGUAUCCUCCGAGGAACUUCGAAGCUUUGAUUCGCCACCAUUUUCGCGAGCGAGCUAAUACGAUUCUGUCGGCGUGCGAUGCGUACGCGAAUGGGCGAGUGGCAGUCGGGUUUUACGGGUCUAAAGGGUCGGGUCCAUCUAAGUUUGAAGUCAAGAGGCAGUUUCAGGUGAAUAUGGAACGGGUGUAUCCUCAGCUCUUUGCAGAAUUCCGACGGUUGGAAGCUUGUGUGCCGCCGGCCGGCGACCGCUUGGUCGUGGAACAGAAGUCGCCACUGGCGAUUGCUAAUAAGAAACCAAAGAAAGGUUAUUUCAAGAAGAUGAUCGGAAAGAUCAAAGAUAUUUUGGGAUUCACAAACAAAAACGGGAAAAAGGCAAGUUCUAAAGUUUAAUUAUUUAAUUAUUUUAUAAUCAAUCAAUUUUGGCUUCAUAAAUGUAAUUUUUUCUAGAGUUUUUUUCCCAACAUGUUUCCUGAAUUUGAUUUCACCUUAUCACAGUUGAGUAGCACUUGCAUAAGAUGCUUA